GCACUCUGACUGGAGAUACCGCGCGUGUGCGUGUGAAAAAGAUCGGAACAACGCAAAGCAGAACCGUGAGAACAAGUACGGUUAGCACAGUGUGCAGAUGGAUGUGUAAUUGACAAAAGAUGAACAUUAGAGGAGUACAUUAUAAUAAAUACAUAGCACAUUCGGGCACACACGCACGCAUGCAGAAUCAGUUUACUAGAAUCAUCACAUCUCAUUAAGGAUCACAUUGCUGAUGCUGAGAGACGAGAAAAAUGACCAGAGAUGCUAUGAAGUCGGCGGGUCAACUUGUAAGAACUUCAGGCAGAUAAUAAUGAAUUGGAGGCGACAUAAAGCAGGAGUGGGUGGGAACUAAGUGCCAGUAAAGUCUGGAUCACAUCUUUAAGCGUUUUACUGCUGGUUGCACUUGAAAUGAGAAGCCUGGACUAACACAGAGGAGCGUUUUUAUUUCGCCAAGCGGCUCCGUGAGGAUCCUUUUUUGGAAACAACCGGACUGGAAUGAUGCUGCGAUUGUUAGCCACUCAUCUUUGACUGUGACUGUCGCCUCUUGUGCGAUCUGUUCCCUGACGUCUGUCCAAUUGUUCUCGCUGGACGGUAGGAGAUUUAUAUCUUUCCAGUAUAAGAGGGCACUUUAUCUGAAAGCCUGGAGAAAGACGGUGGCUUACUUGCCUGCCCAAAGAAGGUCUGAGAACAAUAUAUGACUUUUGGGUCGCCUGUGUUAGGCACAACGGACUGAGUUUGAAAGUGCGAACCGCAAUAUGAAUUCCUGGUGAUGGUUAUCUGAAGAGCUUACUGCAAGAUGAAAGCGAUCGGCCGAGCAGCUCUGUUCUUACACUGGAGGUUCCUGGCACUCCUGUGUUUGUACCUGAAGGACAUCCCAAUAAGCAGUGCUUGCCCCAAAUCCUGUGCCUGCUAUGCAGAGAAAGAAGUUCACUGUACUUUCAGGUACUUUACCUCUGUGCCUCAAGGGAUUCAGCCGACUGUGGAGAGGAUUAAUUUAGGGUAUAACAGUUUAAGUAAAAUUAAAGAAAAUGAGUUUUCUGGAUUACAUUCCCUGGAAUUGUUAAUGUUGCACAGCAAUGCAAUUGAAACAAUUGAGGACAAGGCGUUCAGCGAUUUGCAGUCUUUACAGGUGUUGAAGAUGAGCUACAACAAAGUGCGAGAACUUAAUAAGAACACAUUUUAUGGUCUUAAAAACAUAGUCCGUCUUCACAUGGAUCACAACAAAAUUGAAUUCAUUAACCCUGAAACAUUUUAUGGAUUAAUGGACUUAAAACUUGUUCAUUUGGAAGGAAACAUGAUUCAGCAGCUUCACCCAGAUACAUUCGUUACUAUGCGCUACAUGCAGAAUUUUAAAGCAUCAUCCAUUAAAAAUAUUUACCUUUCUGACAAUGCUUUGAGAGACUUACCUUCAGAAAUCUUUGCUCCUACUUCUCAGCUGGAAAGCAUCUAUCUUCAUGGAAAUCCUUGGUCUUGUGAUUGUACAAUGGAAUGGUUUGUGAAAUGGAUAGCAGAAAAUGAAGGAAUACUAAAAUGCAAAAGGGACAGAAAAUAUGCCAAUGGACAACUGUGUCCUAUGUGUGAAACACCUCAUACAUCUAAAAACAAAGAUGUCACACAGCUUGCUUCGACAGAAUUAGCUUGUUUCAAGCCAAGGAUUUAUGAUCACCUUAAGCAAAAGAAUAUUACUGUGGAUGAAGGAGACUUCAGUCCAGUCUCUUCUAAGAAUUUCAUUGCACCUAUUGGAUCGAUGGUCCUAAAUAUGACAGAUCAGUCAGAAAUUGAUGCAAGUGUGGCCUGCAGUGUCCAAAGGCCACAUGCCAUAAACGGUGUCACAGUAGAAGAGAACAAUGGUGUUACUGUGCUAAGUGCAUCAUUAUCAACAUAUUUAGUCUGUAAUAUUGAUUAUGAACAUAUUCAGCAACUUUGGAAAAUACUUGCUACUUACAGUGAUGUACCCAUGAAGCUGGAAAGAGGUUUAUUAUUAACAAAAACCCCAUACUUAUCUUAUAAAUAUAAACAAAAGGAAAAUGAUGAAGAUGUCUACAGUGGUAUAGAAGCAGAGGUCAGAGCUGAUCCUCCUUGGCUGAUGCAAGAAGAGUUCACUUUGCAGCUAGACAGAGCAACAACAACAUUCACAACACUGAAUAUUAAAUAUCUAUCUGACAUUCGCAUAAGUGUUGAUGUUAAUAUGCAGAAGUCUCUAAAGUACACCUGGACACUUAUCCAAAGAGAUAAUACUACGAAAACCGAACAUACAGCUCUAAUUGGUGGCACGGUAGAAUUGAAUUGUCAAGCAUCUGGAGACCCCAGUCCUGCAAUUGAAUGGAUUUUUCCUGAUGGUAGUAAAGUUCGAGCCCCAUACACCAGUGAAGACAGAAAGAUUUUAAUCUCUCCUUCUGGUAAAUUUAUAUUAAGAGGAGCAGAUAUUCCUGAUGCAGGACUCUAUCGCUGUAUAGCAACUAAUUACCUUGAUGCGGAUGUACUUGCCUUUAGGAUUACAGUUUUAAACCCAGAUGUUGAGGAUUCAGAAAUCAAUGGAAUUCAUCAAUCAAAAGUAAUUGGUGAUACUUUCUUCCUUGCUUGUGGAUCUGUAGCAAACCCUGAAGCAACUUUUAACUGGGUACUACCAGAUCAAACAGUGCUUGAUAAGUCACAUGGGAAUAAGAUUCUUUACCAAAAUGGUACACUGGGCAUCCAGGGGCUCACUGAGAGAGACCGUGGAUUUUACAGAUGUCUUGCUGCAAAUCAUUACGGAGCUGACAUUUUAACUUCACAGAUAUUGUUGGAUAGUACUGCCAUAAAUAAUGCACCUUCACAAGCAGUUGUUAAGCAUCUCUUAGAAGAAGAUGAAGCAUCAGGAGAUGAGGAGGAACCCACCCUGGAAGUUUCUAAAACAGAUUUUAAGGAGCUUGUGCCAGUUGCCUCUAAUAAGCACAGACAAGAGUCAAGGACAGUAACUACAAAUAAAUCAUAUCCUACAAAAACUAGAGGUUUUAAAGGUUCAUCUCACAGGACAAAUGGCGUUGCAAGUAAGAGAAGGCUUGGAGGAAACAGACGAAAUGAACAAUUCUCACAGAAAAUAGAUACUCAACGCAGGGCAGAAUUAUUGCACAAGAUAAGAAAAAAUAAUCAUUCUCGGAAUAAAAUGUCAAAAGAUGCAAACAAAAUUCAAACACAAAAUCUAUCACGCCUUUCAGAAGAUGAUAAUGAACAUUCAGGGGAAUUGUUGACAGAGGAUGAACUUUUGAUAAUGACAACAACCAUGGCCAGCAAUGUUUUGACUGCAUCCAGAAGUACUAUUGAGACAUCUACUGAUUUCACAACAGAAACUGCCACACCAAUGGAAACAGAAAGCAAAACCUUUAGAGCACAAAGAAAUGUGUCAAAGGCAGAUAUAUAUGUUACAGAAUCACCCUUAAGCCAACCAUUUACAGUGCUUCCUGAAAUAGCAGCUGAGUCAAGUUCUGAGAUACAGUUAACAUUUUCAGGAGAAGUUGAUGAUAAUCUUAAGGAUGUCACCACUAUUCCUUCAUUACCUUCAACUGCAAGGCCUGACAGCACUUUACCAAAGACUGACUAUAUGCCAGAAAUUGUAAAUCUGGAAAAGAAAGACUCCACUCAGCAGCCAUCAGUCUCAACAAUCACAACUACUGAGGGAGACAAAGACGAGAUAACUUUUCAUACAACACAGAAGAUUACCUCACCUCGACUUCCUUCAGGGUCUACUAUUAUUUCUCACCAACAAAUUCAGAUAAUUAGAGAUGAUACGUCACAGCAAACUGCAAAUAAGUCUCGUCAAGGCAAAAAAAGAAAAUUGACAGGCAGGAGAAGAAUUAUUAGACCCAACAGAAUUCCAGAUAUACAAGAAUUUUUAUAUAAAAUUGUCAAACCUAACAAAAGUCCAACAACUCAGGAAAAUGAGAAUGUGACAAUGUCAGCAUCCAUAGAAAUUACUACAAAAUGCGAGUGUCAUUUGACUGAUGUGCCCUUGGAGACUUCUGAACCGGAGACCAGGCAAAAUGCUACUAAAACAAAGGGAAAAGAGAAGGACAGCAUUAUUACAGGUUCAAUAAAUGAAACCAAUGAACACUCCAGUAAUUUAGCAAGCCAAUCAUCUGUGCAAGACCAGAUUCCACCUAAGACCACCACUUCAUUAAAGGUGGCUAAAGAUACAACUUUUACAGAAGAAGUGCAAACAUCUUUAAUUAAAACUACAACAUCAAGUUCUCCUGUAACAACAAGAUCUAAAAUCAGUAUGCAAAGUUCCCUUACUACAUCUACUCUUGUAAAACCAACCCAAACUAAAGAAACCCUAGGGAGAGUGACCAGUAAAGCCAAAGCUGAGACAUCUACAACAAGUACCACUAAAACAACUACAACCUCCAAGGUUAUCCAUGGUAAAAUUCCAUGGCACAAACUUUUUGGAAAUAAGCAUACUCAAAAGGAACUGCUGAAAAGGCUCAAAAAGCCAGCCAUUCCACUCCUUCCUCCUAAACCUACACCAUCUAAAACUACCACUACAUUGAUGAUGACACCAAGGCCUAUUACUGCUACUGCAACUAUUGCUGCUACAACUAUUCUUCCAUCUAAUAAAGAAUUUGCAUCCCCUUUAGUAACACCAGUUGAAAUUACAACUCAGACAGGCAUUGUUCAUUUUUCAAGUGCCUCAAUAGAUUUUUCCUCAGGGUCAUCAUUCACCACUGAAGUUCCAUCACUAGUAAAUGUUUUAUCAUCUCCUGCAAGUACUUUGGCAACAGUAAUUGACAGGAGUCCUGAAGUGCUUUCUUCAGCAAAGGUUCUUGAAUCAUCUACAACUGAAGGUCCAUCAGUUACCAAAGUGCUAGCAUUGCCCUUCACAAGUAAACCAAGAUUGGCAGGAGGAACAGCAGAUAUGGAAACUUCAGCUUUGCCAGAUGAACUUGCUUCUGGCUCUUUGUCAACCACUUUGCAGUCUUCAAUCAAAGAUAUUUUUACCUCUACAAUCUCUGUUCCUUCAAAUAGUGUUGUGAUUACAUCUCAGAUAGCCAGCACUAUGCCAGAAACUACAAUGACAAUGCGUACCACCACCACCACAACCGUAAAGCCACUAGUAUCUUUUAGAAGAAAUGGGUUCAGGCGCAGACGACCAAGUAAAAAAAUCACAACCACACAAAGUACAAUGUCUGCACCUGCAAAGAAAACUGUGCACAAUACCACAGUCAAUGGAAUAGCAAGUCAGCCUGCAUUUCUGACAACCAGACCUCACAUUUUAGCAGCACCCAUUCAUACAUUCUCCACAAUAAUAGUUCAACAAGGGACACCAGGCGUUAAAAUAAAUGCAGGAGCUCCAGUUGUGAAGAUUCCAGCCAAAGAAAUGAGUACUAAAAGAACUCCUGAAACAAGCAAGGAGGAUAAUAGGAGAAAAGACAUCAUUACUACUACUGUGAGAACAAACCUAUGGACAUCCAGAUCUCCAGCUACAACUCUCAGACCUCCCAAAGUGCAGUUAGAGCCCAUCAUGCCCAUAAAGAAAUCUCCAGUUACUUUUACACCUAAAAUUACUCUUAAGGAUAAAAUUACUUUGAAAUUGACGUCAACUGCAAGCAGUUACAUUUCCUCCAGCACUGAUGUUCUCAAAAAAUCAACCAUCAGCUCCAGAAAUGAUUCUAGAAGUACAAUUAAUCUUGUCCAGACAGUUUUACCAAUUCCACCUACAAAAUCAACAAGGUCUGUAGUUCCACAUGUUAAUGUUUAUAAUAGCAAACAAAAUGAAUAUUUUACUACUACUGAAACUGACAGAAAACCUCUUGAUGGGAGUGGAAGUUAUUUAACAAAGCCAGAUAUAGAAGAGCCUACAGUUUCGCCAUCAAGAACCACAUCAAAAGCAAAGGAGAACUCUCAUUGGCAAAGUCAGUCCUGGCAGGAACUCUACCCUGAAGCUACAGAUCAAGUAAACACUUUAACAAUGAAUGCCUUGACAGUAUUACAAGAGCCAGAGAAGGGUCACACAAAGCCUCCAGCUAUCUAUAACAAUGACAUGGAAAAUGCUAUAAGUAAUGGGUAUGGAAGAUUGACAUUCACAACUUCUAAAAUUGUUAAUUUUGAACCUUGGACAGAAGAAUUACCUUCAAAACCCAAAAUAGUUGGAGGAAAUGCAGCCAGCUAUACAGUUCUUUCUAACUCUGAUGCAUUUUUACCAUGUGAAGCUUCCGGAAAUCCUCCACCAGUAAUAAGCUGGACCAAAGUAUCGACAGGAACUACAGUAACAAUGAAGGCCAAGAGAGGUAACAAAUUUGAACUUUUCAAAAAUGGCACACUAUCCAUCCAAAAUGUGCACAUGCAGGACCGUGGACAGUACCUUUGCAUCGCAGAAAACCAGCAUGGGUUAGACAAGCUUGUUGUCACAUUGUCUGUAGUGGCUUAUCCUUCCAGAAUCCUCGAGCCAAAACUAAGGGAUAUCAAAUCACAUUCAGGAAACACCAUAGAAAUGAGUUGCAAAGCAGAAGGAAGGCCAACUCCUAUUAUUUCUUGGAUCCUUGCUAACAGGACACUUGUUCGAGUGUCCAGUGGCAGAGUAUCAGUGGGGUCAGAUGGAGCUCUAACAAUUAAAGAUGUGACACUAUAUGACCGAGGCCAUUAUAAAUGCAUAGCUAGCAAUCCAGCCGGAGCAGAUACAGUGACUGUCAGACUGCAAGUGGUAGCCGCUCCACCAGUUAUCUUAGAAGAAAAGAGGCAAUAUGUGAAGGCUGAAAUAGGACAUGAUUUGAAACUGCCUUGUACGGCCAAAGGGGACCCUCGACCAACAGUACACUGGGUUUUGUUUGAUGGAACUGAAGCCAGACCUUUACAGUACAUCAACGAAAAGUUGUUUGUAUUUUCAAAUGGAACACUUUAUAUCAAAAAUGCAGCUAUUUCUGAUAGUGGAAACUAUGAAUGUAUCGCUACAAGCACAACAGGAUCAGAAAGGCGCGUAGUAAAUAUGAUUGUGGAAGCCAAAGAUACAGUGCCAAGAAUUGUAACAGCGUCAGACAGAAGAACCAGCUUAAACUAUGGGGACAGGUUAUUGCUAAACUGCUCUGCUGUUGGAGAGCCCAAACCUCGGAUCAUUUGGAGACUACCGUCAAAGGCUAUCGUAGACCAGUGGCACAGGAUGGGAAACAGAAUUCUUGUGCUGCCUAAUGGAACUUUAAUUAUUGAUGCUGUCAGUGAGAAAGAUGGUGGAGACUACCUUUGUGUUGCCAGAAACAAAAUUGGAGAUGACCUGUUGCUAAUGAAAGUCAUUGUUGCUAUGAAGCCAGCAAAAAUAGAAUAUAAACAGUAUGUCCAAAAACAGGUGCCAUUUGGAAAAGACCUUAAAGUUGACUGCAGAGCUUCAGGAGCACCUGAGCCAGAAAUCACCUGGGGCUUACCUGAUGGUACAGUGGUCAACAGUGUUCUGCAGGCUGAUGACAGUGGUAGCAGAAGUCGAAGAUAUGUCCUCUUUGACAACGGAACACUUUACUUGAACAAGGUCGGGAUGACAGAAGAGGGAGACUACACUUGUUACGCUGAAAAUACACUUGGAAAAGAUGAGAUGACAGUUCACAUCACUGUUGUGACUGCCGCUCCUCGCAUCAGAAGGCCUUCUGCCAUGUUUCUGAAACUCAAAGCUGGUGGCAAUGUGAUGGUUGAGUGUGAAGCGACUGGAGAACCAAAGCCUAAAAUCAUGUGGCUCCUCCCUUCUAAUGAUAUGAUUGCAGCUUCGAGUGACAGAUAUUUGGUGCACGUGAAUGGAUCACUAACCAUCAAGAAUGUGAAACUGUCAGAUUCUGGGGAAUAUUUGUGCAUUGCACGCAACAGUGCUGGAGAUGAUACCAAAGUAUUCAAGCUAGUCGUUGAUGGCAAUCCUCCCAUUAUAAAUGGAAAAUAUAGAAACAAAACUGUUGUUCAAGAUAAUGCUGUAAAGCAUUCAAGGAAGCUUAUUGACUGCAAAGCUGAAGGUUCACCUCCUCCCCAAAUUAUGUGGAUUAUGCCAGACAAUGUUUAUUUAACUGCCCCAUACUAUGGUAGUCGAGUUGUAGUACACAAGAAUGGAACAUUUGAAAUUCGCAAUGUGAGAGCCACAGAUUCAGGAGAAUUUGUCUGUGUGGCACGGAAUGAUGGUGGCGAGACUGUCAUGGUGGUUCAGCUAGAAGUAAUUAAUGUGUUGAGAAGACCAAUGUUCAAGAACCCAUUUAAUGAAAAAAUUUUAACCAGUAUUGGAAAGACCACCAUCUUGAAUUGCUCCGUGACUGGUUACCCACCACCUGAGAUUAUCUGGCUUUUACCCAAUGGGACAAGGUUUACCAACAGUCAAAGAAUGUCUCGAUAUCACAUGGGGAGUGAAGGCACACUAAUCAUAUACAGUUCCAACAAGGAUGAUGCUGGCAAGUACCGAUGUGCUGCCCGAAACAAAGUGGGUUAUAUUGAAAAACUGAUCAUUCUAGAGGUGGGCCAGAAACCUUACAUUCUUACUCAACCAAAAGGACUGAUUAGAAGUAUUAGUGGGGAGACACUUUUCCUUCACUGUCUUUCUGAUGGAAUCCCUAAACCCAUUGUUACCUGGUCAGUCCCUGGUGGCUAUGUAUUGUCGAGACCCCAGGUAAAUGGGAAAUAUAUCCUUUAUGACAAUGGAACUCUUAUCGUUCGAGAAACUAGCAUUCAUGACAGAGGGAAUUAUCUUUGUAGAGCACAGAAUGAAGGUGGAGAAGCUUCAAUAACAGUGCCUGUGAUAAUUAUUGCAUAUCCUCCACGUAUCACUCAUGGUCCUCCUCAGAGUGUCCGCACAAGGGUAGGGUCAUCUGUUCAUCUUAACUGCAUAGCCAUUGGCAUACCAAAACCUGAAAUCUCUUGGGAAUUGCCUGAUCAUUCAGUGCUGUCAACAUCUGGCAAGGGCCAACCCACUGGCAGUGAACUUCUUCACCCACAGGGAACAUUGGUAAUACAGAAAUUGUCCAUUUUGGACUCUGGCACAUAUAAGUGCUUUGCCAAGAAUCACCUUGGCAGUGACUCAAGAAUAACACAUAUACAAGUUGGUUAAUGACUAUGUCAUCUGAAAUUGGAAUUCAUCAAAAACAAAUGCAUGUUUUCAAAAAUGAAUCUGAAUGUGGAAUUUACUUGCCAUUUUUUACAAUUACUGUACAUUUGGACUGUAUAUAUUCAAAA